AUGAAGCAUUUCUUUCACAAAAAAGAAGUUCAUACAACAAGUAAGUCCAGAGUCCAAGAGCUAGAAGAAGAGCUUCAGCAAGCUUACGAACAAAUAAGAAAACUCCAGAUAAUGAACGAAGAAAACCAAGACGAAGAAGAAUCAAAAGAUUUAAAGUCAAAACUGCGAAUAAUGACUACAAAAUUCGCCAAUGUUCGAAAAGAAAGAGACACUUUAAAGAAAGAAAAUAAGCAACUUCAAACUGAAAUUAUGGAGCUCCAAUCUCACAUCAGGCAUAUGGUCCCAGGCUUUCAAAACAGCUCAAAUACCUUUCCCUUACUCAAUGAAUUAGGAUCACUAACUGAUGAGUUUUAUAAAUGUGAUUGUCAGGAUUUAUUUUUUGAAGUUUUAUCCCCAGAGCUUUCAAUUGAAGGAAUUAUUUACUUUUUUAGGACUUCUUUUUCAAGGAUUAACGAUUUCGUUAAUAAUUAUUUUUCACCUACUGAAGACCAAAUUAAAAGAACGACAGGACUUGAAUCAUUAGAUGGACCUAUAUUAAAUGUUCUAAGGAAAUCAUAUCAAGUUUCUUGAAAAAGGCUUGCAAACAUUUGCUUUGAUAAAGUAUCAAUUAAUAGAACUGUUGAGGAUAUACAAAGGGUAUUAAAUUUAGGAAAAUGCGAUAAUCAGCUAGUAAAGUAUUUAAAGAAGCUCGAAGAAUUAGUAUUUUGUUACUAUAUAAGUGACCCACCCUUAACAUGUCCUUGGGAAAGUAUUGGCGAGAUUAUUCAAUUUAAUUCGUUACUUCAUGACGCUAUAGAUGGAUUUGUAAGACCUGGAGACCAAUGCUAUGUUUUACUCCCUAUAAUUCAUAAAUAUUCCGGAGAAGUUGUAGCAAAAGCUGGAGUCUUACAUAUUGAUUAUGAACUUAAUUAG